AUGUCAGACCCCCAGAAAUACACGGUCGGUUGGAUCUGCGCCAUCACCACCGAGUCCCACGACAACAAUAACUAUGUCCUGGGCAAGGUCGGCGGCCACAAUGUAGUCAUCGCCGUCCUGCCUGAUGCAGAAUAUGGCAUAGCGCCCGCGGCGGCAGUAGCCCGAGACAUGCUCCACAGCUUUCCGAACGUGCGCAUCGGAUUGAUGGUCGGCAUUGGAGGCGGUGCGCCUAGCCGGAAGCGUGAUGUCCGACUCGGUGAUGUAGUAGUCAGCAGUCGCGAUGGCGGCAAAGGCGGCGUGUUCCACUACGACUUUGGCAAGACUAUCCAGAAUCAGUCAUUUCAAGAGACUGCAUUCUUAGACCAACCACCCACGGUGCUGCGGACGACUGUGAGCACGCUCAGAGGCACAUACGAGAUGAAUGGCCACCAGCUUGUGGACGAUGUGGACAAGGCAUUGACGAAGAUCAAGAAGCGAAAAAAAUACACACGGCCUCCUCCAGCAAGCGACAGACUAUACAAACCCGACUUUAUACAUCCUUCACAAUCGUCUGACGGCUGCGACGUCGCGUGCGGCAAUGACGAAACCCACCUGGUGGUCCGGAAGGAACGAGACGAAGAAGAGGAAGACGAUCCCGUGAUUCACUACGGCUUGAUUGCCAGCGGAAGCCAACUGAUGAAGGAUGCGCGUAUCCGGGACAAGCUGGCGGAUGAAAAGGGCGUCCUUUGUUUCGAGACGGAGGCGGCCGGCCUGAUGAACCACUUCCCAUGCCUAGUGAUCCGCGGGAUAUGCGACUACUCCGACUCGCACAAGAACAAGGAGUGGCAGGGCUUGGCGGCAAUGAUGGCGGCGGCGUAUGCGAACGAUCUUCUGCGUCAGAUCCCGCCCAACAAAGUCGAAGAGGAGAGGCGGAUCAGUGAAGUACUCAGUUCGGAUCUAGAACGUUUACACCUGAUGGCGAAUGAGACCAAAACUGCAGUUGUGACUAUGGAACAAAACGAUCGCCUCGCUCAACUCGAUCGAUGGCUUCGCCCACCCGACACAUCAACGAACUUCAAUCAUGCGAGAAAACAAUGGCACGAGGGAUCCGGGCUAUGGUUCCUGAAGAGCGCUGCCUUCAACGAGUGGAAGCGUGGAUCACAUCGCCAUCUGUGGCUUCACGGCUUAGCAGGAUGUGGCAAAACCGUCCUCAGUGCGACAAUAGUGGAUCAUCUCCGGAAGAUGGACGAUUGCGUCACCCUUGAAUUCUAUUUCGACUUCAACGACACCGCGAAACAGAAGAUGGACGGGGUGUUACGCUCCCUCCUCUUUCAGCUCUACAAGUUAGGGUCUCGCUCUAAAGACCUCGACAGCUUAUACCAAUCCCACCUCGACGGCCAGCGGCAGCCAGACACACCGACUUUAACAAACUGUCUCCGCGCGAUGAUCAAGGGCUCGAAAACUACUUAUGUUAUUCUGGAUGCCUUAGACGAGUGUCUGGAGAGAAAGGAACUGCUUGGGUGGAUGAAGGAAUUCUUCACAAUACCCGACCUGAGCCACGUUCAUCUGAUUGCCACUGGCCGGCCAGAAGAAGAGUUUUUGAGCUUCAUUCCCGGCUGGCUCGGCAACGAGCACUGUUUGCCACUGGACAAGAACGCUGUUAACGCCGACAUACGCUCCUAUGUCGCAGCGAGGCUUGAACAGAGUUCCGAUUUCGUGGACAAGGGCCUAUCUCAGGAUCUCCUCGAACAGAUACGCAAUAAAGUCGGAGACCGGGCUGAUGGCAUGUUCAGAUGGGCCGCAUGUCAACUGGCCAGUCUUGCAACAUGUAUGAGUCCCAGAGCUAUCGAAAUAGCUCUUGAGACUUUGCCCCGGGAUCUCGAUGAGACGUACCGUCGCAUGCUUCGAAGCAUCCCGGCAGAUAUUGAGAAGGAUGCCAUGCGCCUCCUGCAGUUUCUCGUCCACACCAAGCGGCCGUUGACACUAUUAGAGGCCGUAGAGGUAAUAGCCACACAGACGGAUGAGGAGCGACGAGGCUUCGACCCGAAGCGCAGACUGUUUCGUGAAGCCGAUAUUCUACGGCACUGUCCCAGCUUGGUGUCAGUCACGGACAAUGGAAGGACUAGGAAGGAGCUCCAUCUUGCCCACUUCUCUGUCAAAGAGUAUCUUCUUAAACAAGACCAGUUUGACCUCAGCAGUGCUAGCAUUGUCAUCACAAGAACCUGUUUGAGUUACCUUACGGAUAUCGAGGGUAGCUCCUGGAAAAUCAAGCAGGAUUUUCCGAUGGCAAGAUAUGCGGCGGAGUACUGGAUGGGCUAUGCAACUUCGGCAGAGACUUCUGAAGCCGUUGUUCGGACAGCAGUCAGGUUUUUACAGGACGAGUCAACUUUUCAGCGGUGGAGUCGGUUGUAUCAGGCUGACCGGGAAUGGGACAGCGAUCCGGGCCCUCCUCGAGCAUCCAGACUCUAUUAUACUUGCCUAGGUGGACUCGUAGCAGCUGCAAUAGGCCUGCUGGGCGAGGGCGCCGACGUCAACGCGCAGGGCGGCGACUACGGCAACGCUCUCCAAGCUGCCUCAGACGGGGGCCACAGAGAAGUUGUGCAACUCCUACUAGACAAGGGCGCUGACGUCAAUGCGCGGGGCGGCGUCUAG